UGGCAAAUAGGUAGGAAGUGCGUGGGGAACACUGGUAUGGCAUAUUUCUAUAUAUAUAUAUAUAUAUAUAUGGCAGUGUGUAGAAGACUGAAUGUUUGAGCUACUCUACAGGACAUGAGCUAACCUAUAGCAACAUCUAAGAUAAAAUGGCCCUUUCAUCUCCAUCAUUUGUCCUUUUGGCUGUUGUUUUCAUGGCAGCACAAGUGAUCCUCUCUGCAGGAUAUAAUAAAUGUGUUGCCAGAAACUUUGGCUAUGACUCUGUGGUGUGUGAGUGUAAUUCGACAUACUGUGAUAGCAUCGCAUCGGUCACCCUCCCUCCACUGGGCCAGUUCUCCUCCUACCUGAGCAGCAUGGCGGGCAGCAGACUGGAGGCCUGUCAGGGUGAAGUCCAGCCUAAGAGCACCGGAGGGGGGCUCAGGCUGACUAUCGUUCCCUACCAGAAGUACCAGAAGAUCAGGGGAUUCGGUGGAGCGAUGACAGAUGCAGCAGCCAUCAACAUACUUUCUCUUUCUGCUGGUGCACAGGAGCAGCUGCUGAGACAGUACUUCUCCAGUGAAGGUAUUGGCUACAGUGUAGUGCGUGUCCCCAUGGCCAGCUGUGACUUCUCCACUCGUCUGUACACCUACGCUGACACGCUUGGCGACUACAACCUGGACAAUUUCACUCUGGCACCAGAAGACAUCAAAAUGAAGAUCCCUCUCCUGCAGCGCGCACAGGCCUUGUCUCCUCGCCCCCUGUCUCUGCUGGCCAGCGCCUGGAGUGCCCCCGCCUGGAUGAAAACGAAUGGUGCACUCACAGGAAAGGGCUCCUUGAAGGGCGAGCCAGGGGGCAAGGAGCAUAAAACCUGGGCUCAGUACUAUGUCAGGUUCCUAGAGGAAUACGCUAAACAUAACUUGACCUUCUGGGCAGUGACGACAGGAAAUGAGCCCUCUGCAGGAAAGAUGACAAACUACAGUUUUCAAGCCCUGGGCUUCACUCCCGAGGAGCAGAGAGACUGGGUGGCUCUGGACCUGGGCCCUGCCUUGCAUGCCUCGUCAUACCCACAUACACACAUUCUCAUACUGGAUGACAUCCGCAUACUGUUGCCCCACUGGGCCAAAGUGAUCUUAAGUGAUGUUCAUGCAGGAAGGUACAUUCAUGGUGUGGCGGUCCACUGGUACUGGGACAACAUUGUCCCAGCUGAGAUCAGCCUGGGAACCACCCAUCACCUCUACCCGGAGUAUUACCUGUUUGGCACAGAGGCCUGUACUGGCUGGAAUGCGCUAGACAGAGGAGUGAAGCUGGGAAGCUGGGACAGAGCUGAACAGUAUGCACAUGACAUUAUAGAGGACUUAAAUCAUUAUGUGGUAGGAUGGACUGACUGGAACCUGGCGCUGGACCUGAAUGGUGGCCCAAACUGGGUUAAAAACUUCGUGGACAGCGCUGUUAUAGUGGAUGCAAAGCGUGAUGUCUUCUACAAGCAGCCAUCUUUCUACAGCAUGGCCCACUUCAGUGCGUUUCUAUGGGAGGGCUCUCAGAGAGUGGGGGUGUCUGCCAGUGGAGAAACACACCUGGAAUUUUCUGCCUUCAUCCGAGCAGAUGGCUCAGUAGUGCUCAUCAUACUCAACAGAUCAUCAUCAGAGAUCCAGUUUGAAGUCUGGGACCCUGUUGUGGGUUACAUCCCCUCCACUGCUCCAGCUCAUUCUCUACUCACACUCGCUUGGAAAACGCAGUGAUCAUUAAAGCAGUUUCACAGACUUUAUAUUGGUUUCAGCAGAACCACGUCAAAAUAAUUUCUCUGCACAUUUGCACACAAGAUGUUCACAGAUCUACAGACUCCAGAUUAAAAAAAAUAAUAAUAAAAUUAAAGACUCUUCAAUUAUCUCCUACCUCUGGACCAAAGAGAACUAGAGGACAUAAAUAUAGGACAACUGCAUCAUUUCAGCAUUCCUUUUGGCAGUGUGAACACAAACAGGAGAAAAGUCCUUGAAGCCCUUGAGAAAGCUCCUCAGUGGGGGCUUAGGGAGUCCUCUGAACUGUUUGGUCCAAAACCCCCUCUAAUACAAAGUGCUUUUGAGUGCAUUUUCAAUUUCAUGCUUACAGAGACAUCUUAUUUUGUUUGCUGUGAUUUUUACCAUAACUUUAAUCAUUUCAGCAUGAAAACAAUGUAUGUAAUAAUUUGCUACAAAUUCACCGGUGCCUUGAUUUCCUUUUAAUAAGACGCUUGAAAAUAUGCUCACAGCAUCAUGGCUCUGAAGAAAUCAUUUGGUGUACUGAAUUUGUAAAUUCCUUAAGUUGUUGCUAUUUAAUCUUUUAUGUUAAAUAAAAUACCGUUUAAAA